CUGCUGGUAUUCCCGGAUUUCAUACCGAGUCGCUUCCUGGAGGACUCGCUGGGUGCCACGGAGAUCUUUGUUGUCACAGACAGUUUAUUUUUAUUUUUUGAUAUAGCUGUCACAUGUAUCGGAUACGCAUAGAGAUAGGAUUAGAAAUGUUGUCUUGUUUUUUUGGAUUGCUUUUAAUGAUCACCUCGGCUGAAAAUCACACAGGUAAAAUCCCAGCCCCGAGAAACCUCACGACUUCCAUAAAGAACCCGUUUGAUGUGACGUGGUCAUGGAGCCCCCCACACGGUGUAGCUGCAGACAAAGGCUGUAUAAAAUACCUGUCUUCAUUAAACUCUAAAAAAUAUGUCUGGGAUUUCAGUCUGUCUCGGCAAGUUUACUUUGCUUUGAAUGAUGAAAUAACUUUCCAUGUGAAAGCAUUUAAUAAUUGUGAUUCCAGUAAGGAAGGUGAAUGGGCAAACAUAUCUCUUCCGGCACCACCAGGCGAUGUAGAAAGUUCAGUGAAAAAUUUCCAGUGUGUUAUCUAUGAGGAGGGAUGCAUGAACUGCACCUGGCAGCCUGGAACUAAACCACACUUUGCAUACAGCCUCUACUACUGGCAAACAAACCUGGGCGAACUGCAAAUGUGCCGCGAAUACAUCGUGAGUGAUGGUGUGAGGCAGGGUUGCCAUUUCCACAAAUCCAAAGAGCAGUGGAAUGCAUCCCAUAUUGUAUAUAUUCUAGUCAAUGGAUCCCAAGAUUAUGCUGAAAUCAGACCCUUCUACUCUGAGGUUGACCCACAAACAAUAGUGAAGCCUUAUCCUCCAAACAUUACAAGCAUAACGUUGAAAAAAAGAAAACUGUUUGUUGAGUGGACAGAACCAAGUCACUUCCCCGCGCAUUGCAUUGCCUUUGAUCUAAGAUACAAGGACAGCAAAUUGACACACUGGAUAGAUAUUACUGGAAUAAAAGACCCUAAAUUCAGCAUCAAUAUUGAUCUUCAGGCAAAAUACAUGUUUCAAGUGCGUUCCCAAUACAAUGUCUACUGUGGAAGCAAGAGCUUAGGUGAAUGGAGUGAAGUGAAAUACUAUGGUAAAACACCAGCUGAAAUGGACUGGACUGUCUACAUUAUUGUGUUAAUUGUUGCUCCUCUUGUGGUUGCUGCAGCAGCCAUUACACUUCUGGUCUAUCUCAAAAGACUCCAGAUUUUUCUGCUGCCUCCGAUCCCUGACCCAGGAAAGCUUUUCAAAGACAUGUUUGAAAGGAAUGGAGAGAUUUUGAACUGGACAUUGCAAGCAAAGGAAUGUCAGAUAUUCAUUCCUAAAGAAGAAGUCUGUAUCCCAGUUCUGGUGGAGCAGGAGCCAGAAUAAAUAUCAAAUUACCAGAACCUGAAGAGAACCAGAACUGGAAAAGGACCAGAAGAGUUAUUGUGAGACCUUUCAGAAAGAGAUUGGAUUUGACCAUCACUUUGAGAUCCUCACCUCAGUAGCAAUAUUUAGCUACCUUAUGGCUUUGUAUGUGAGGAAAACAAGCAAGCAGCAGUUACAGCAUGUACAGUGCAGAAAAGUCUACACCCCUUUUCAGAAUGUUGUUGUCUUAUAGACUGGAAUUAAAAUGCAUUAAAACUUUAUUUUUUCCA